AUGAUUUGUGAAGACUACCUGACAGGGGCGCAUUCGAUGGAUGUGCCUCAGGAAACAAUAGACAAGGAAGUUCAGGCCAUUUUAGAUAAAAUCAAGGGCAAGCCUGGUUUCAACCCCAAGCAGCUAUUUGAUCCUGAGAAGCACCUUGCUUGGAAAGACGAAUACUUCGAGAACACCAAAACAUUCACUCUUCAAGACCUGGGAAUCACAAAAACUCACACCAAGCCGAUCAAUGAUUUCGGUGCUACUCAUCCGUUCCCACUGCUCACAGAGGACGCUAUUGAUAUCAUGAAAUGGGAAGCAUUUCAGCCCCAGACCUUGAAAAAGUAUGCGCGUUUGACAAACCCUGAUUUCAGCUUGAAAACUAACCGGCACGAUUUCCACAUAGCAGGAUAUCCAGAAGAGGGUCAUGCUCCAUUCACCAAAUCUGUCUAUGAUCACCCCAGACUCAAGGAGAUUUUUUCCAAGCUGAUCGGGAUGGAAGUUACAACCACAUACGGGUAUGACGUAAACCAUGUGAAUGUGGCCCUGGCAGAUUUUGACUUGCCUCUAGACGCACCGCUUUAUCCUGAGCCUAAAAAGGACAAGGACGGGAAAACCGUUUUCAAGGCAGAAGAAGUGGGAUCGAUUUUGGGGCAGCACUAUGACUCAACGUCUAUUGCCUGUGUGAUCAUGUGGGAAUGCCCCCAAGAUAAGGGCGGCGAGACUGUCAUCAUCACAGGUGACGAGACUCCACUGGUGAUUCCAAACAUUGCUCGUCCCGGAUACUGUACGCUCUUGCAGGCAAGGGUUAUCAGACAUAUUGCAACGAAACCAAACACGAACUCCAAUAGGAUAGCUACCGUGGCUGGCUAUUAUCCGGCGGCUCCUAUUUUGGACAACAGCUGUCUGACUAGUGUUCGUCCUAGCAUUCUUCCUCGUUCUGUUCACGACGAGUUUUAUACCGAGUGGUUUGAUUUUAGAUUCAAACAGCUGGAGCGAGUUCUUGCUGACAAGCGCAAGAAAUUGUGGGAUGCUUACAAAAGGGGACAGACCUUUGACCAAAAGGAUGUCAUCGAAUUCAGCAAAGAAUGCCAGCAGUACUUAUUUGACAGCUGGCGGGAAAUGGAGUUUGCAAACAACGACCCCUAUCCUCCGCCUUUAUUCUCGCAACCGUACUCAGAGCUCGCGCACAAAGUAGGAGGUGACGAUGGAUAUUAG